UUGGCUGCCACGGCAUACAAGAGUUUAAACUCGUAUAUUAAAUAGUAGGACGCUCAAGUGAAAAGACGUUUUUAGCAGUCUUACCUUUUUGUCUUGAUGUCGAAAUGAAGUCUGUCAAUUCGAUGAUUUUGUUUUCCGAAGCUAUUCUGCUUGUGAUUGUUCUGCUUUUUACUGCAACUGCAAAUGGGCAAACGAAUACCAAUUUCGACGACGAUGCGCAGUGUGAACCCUCCCUGGCUGAUGCGUGUUUUACGGAUGUCGCCCAAGACCUGCGGUGCCUAGGAUCAACUAAGAGGUCGGCGCAAUGCAACGAUCUGUGCAGAUCGAUUGAUGACGCCCUUCAGUGUACAGCCGAUAUAAUAGAUACAGACUGUGGUCAGAAAGACGGACGUGACCGAUUUGAUGCAUGGCUGCGUGGAUUGAGGGCUGUCUAUUACUCACUAUGCGGCAAGGAUCGGCUUACUAUUUUGGGUUUAACACAAAAUGCCGAUUGCUGGAAUCCAAUGAGCUUCAUUUCGUGCGUCGAGAAAAUGGCUGGAAUCGAUCAUGUUAAUAACCUACUACGGCUACGUCUCGAUAUGAAUCAGUGCAACCGCCUGAUGAUUAGUAUUAGCACGUGUAACGUCAAAGCAACCAGCUUGGGAUUGGCCAGUGCACGAUGCUCACCUUCUCUAGAGGGCGUAAAUGAAAUUAUCCAUACCUUUUUCUCAAAAACAGAAUGCGGGCGACUGUGUAACACUGGAAGUAGUAUUUCCCAAAACACUAGCGUAGCUUCAGUUCUUUGUCUUCUAACGUUUUUGUUUACUGUAAUUCUAAAAUUUUGAAUACGUCAAAUAUAUGUGGUUGCUGUAGGAAAGAUA